AUGAAGGCAGAGUUAGUAAUUCAAAAGAUUACACUCAUUAAAUUUAAUUUCUUUUGUUGGCUUAUCAGUAAAAGUAUUAAAAUAACAUCACUAAUAGUCUCUGAUUGCAUAUUAAGGAUUCAUAAAAGUGAGGUUCUAGAUUUUUAACAAAAUCUUAAUCCUUUGCCAAUAUUAUUAUUAAAAGUGUACUUUUAAAACAAAUAUACUUUUAAAUCACUAAAAGAAUUUAAUAAAAGUGAAAAGAAAAGUAAACAAUAUAUGAAUUCUUCAAAUAAAGAUUAAGUAAGCAAAAUAAAUCACUCUGAUAUAAGCGGAGUUGAUGAUUUAAACACACCUUUGAAAUAGUCUCUCAAUUAACCAUAAAAUCCUCGUAGAUCAUAAGUAGUGUCUUAAAAAAUUACAUUUGAAGAAGCUCUUGAUUUAGUUGGAAGCGCUAAUUGGUAUUAGUUAAGAGCCUUUAUAUGGUUUGGCCUCUAAUGGUUCUGGUGUGCUUGGAUUCUACUUUAAAGCAACUUUAUUUUUAUGGAUCCAGAAUAUGAUUGCCCAAGCAAUAUAUCUGCUUCAGAUUGUAAUGCUAGUUGGGUUUGUGAUUAAAAAAAUUACAUGGAUUACAUUGUUAGAAAUGAUGAUUCUUUAAUAUUUUACUAUGACCCUCCUCUCGUAUGUGAUAGAGGAUUUAUUUAUAGUAUUAUGUCUGCUCUUACUUAUUUAGGUAGUCUUAUUGGAUUCUUCUUUUUUUCAUGGUACGCCGAUAAUAAAGGAAGAAAGUCUGCUCUCUUCUGGAGUUGGCUUAUUGCUACUAUUGGUACUUUCAUGGUAGGCUUUUCUCAAAAAGAUAUUGUUACUUGCAGUAUUGGACUGUUUUUAUAGGGAUUAGGAGCAAACCCUGCUAUCACUAUUCACUUUUCCUUUUUAAAUGAGCACUCAUAAGGACCAUUCAGAGAGUAUACAUCAAUUGGAGUCCAAAUAUUCUUUGCUGCAGGUGAAUGCUUUUUAAUUUUAGCUGCUUACUUAAUCCCUUAUUGGAGAUGGUUGGUUUUAUUUGCUUUUGGUAUUCCAGUUACUAUCCUUAACUUUGGUAUUUUCCUCAUAUAAGAAUCCCCCAAAUUUCUACAUGAAUAGAGCACAGAAAAAGCUAUAAUAGUUUUAAAUGAAAUAGCUAAAGUUAAUAAAAAAGAGCCACUUAAAUUGGAUGUACUAAAAUCAGUUUUGAAAACAAGUGACAAAGAUAAUUCAUAUUCAAUAGUCGAUUUAUUCAAGUUUAAAUCUUUGAGAGUAAAAAAUAUAUGUUGUGCAGUUGUUUUCUUAGCAAUCUAAAUGGUUUAUUACGGAAUCACUUUUGCAAUCAGUUAAGUCGGAUUUAAUAUUUAUAUUAAUUCCCUUGUAAUUGGUCUUUGCGAAUUAUUUGCAUAUUGUGUUACAGAUCACUUCAUUCCAAAAAUAAAGAGAAAAAUUACAACAAUUAUUGGAGUUGGUAUAGUCACUGUCUUGUCCUUCUCCUUCAUAUUUUUAACCAUACCUGACUCCUGUUCUGGAAGCACAUUCUGUUACUAAAAAGUUAUUCAAAUUAUACUUGCUGGGUCUAUGAGAUUUGUCAUUUGUUUCGUUUGGACAGUCGUUUAUAUUUGGAUUGCUGAGCUGUUCCCUACAACUGUAAGAAAUCUUGCUUUAGGAUUUAGUUCUGCAUUAGGUACAGUUGGAAGUACUGCAGCUCCUUUCAUGAAAACACUUUGCUAAAAUCUUUCCAUAUCACCUAUGAUUCCUUUAGGAAUUAUUGGUAUUGCAGGUGUAGCUUGCUCAUUCCCCCUUUCAGAAACAAGAGGUUAAAAGCUUUAGGACUAAAUUGAGGAACUAAGAGAUCCUGAAUUUGAAGAACACAUAUCUAUUUAAAGAGAAGUUGAAGUUUAAGAUGAAGAAUUUGACGACAAUAAAAAUAAAUGA